AUGAGUUCGGGACGUUUACCAUCAUUGAGAGAUUCAGCUGCAGGGAAAGCUAGUUUAAAAUUUAAACCAAAAGCUGUUGCAAGAAGAUCGAAAGAGGAAAGAGAUGCAUCGGCAUUAAAGAUUAAGAAGGAUGAGGAUUUGAAAUCAAAAGUUGAUCAAAAGAAAUCUAAGAAACCAAUGCCAAUGAAUCAAAAGAAGAGAGUCCCUAGAUAUUUAAAUAAUACACAUGUGAUCUCAACUGGUCCAUUGGCAGCUGGUAAUUUCGUCGAUAGUAGUAGAAGUGAUAUGAGACGUGGUAUAGUAAAAGUUGAAGGUGGUGAUAAAUCAUUAGUAAGAAAAGGUUUGCAAAGUAUAGAGAACCAUACUGGUGAUUCUGAUGAUGAUUAUGAUUCUGAUAUGAAGGAAAAAUUAAAUAUUAUUGAAAAUGAUGAAUCUGGAAGUAAUAUUAAUCAAGCUAAAUUUAAUAUGGGUAGAGAAUAUACCACUGCAAAUUUCAAACAAGAUGAUAGUGAUGCUGAAGAAGAAGAUCUUGAUAUGGAGGAAGAAGCAGUUCAAAGAAGAAGAAUAGAGGAAUUAUUCCCUGUAAGACCUUUGCGUAUUAGACAUGAGGACGUCGAAGUAGUAGAACAAAAGAUAGAUGAAUCAAUAACGGAGACUACUACACGUGAGCCUACCCCUGCAACAGGUCUUUUAAAAUCAGAAGAAACUACUUCUCUACAUGAUGUUUUGAAAAAUAAAGAAGCAGAAUUACAAAAUGAAUUACAAAAUUUACAUAUCGAUCCAGAUUCCCAUGCUAUUGAUGCAGAAGAAGUUAAACAUGAACAAGCUAUGUUAAUAAAAGAUCAUAUUAGUAUAUUGAAGAAAUUGGAUAAACUUAAUAAAAAAUCAGAUAGAUUUUUACUAUUCCAAAUGCCGUAUAAAUUGCCUAUAUUUGAUGAAGUAACAACAAAGAAAGAAGAUACAGAGGUUACCAUGGAGAUAGAGCCUACAACUAAUGAAGGUACAACAAUUGAAAAGAUAAAAGAAGAAAGUUCAGAGGCAGAUAAAAAACCGAAGAAGAAAACUAAAAAGACAACAAAGAAGAAAGAACACGUUCCACAGGAAGAAUUGACUGGUAAUGUUGGUUCAAUUAGAAUUCAUAAAUCAGGUAAAAUUUCAAUUAGAAUAGGUAAUGCUAUAAUGGAGACCAGCAAAGCUUCAGAAGCUACCUUCCUACAGGAUGUUAUUGCAUUAAAUGAAGACCCUGAUGCACCUGGUGUUGAAUUACUGGGCAGGGUAGAAGGGAAAGUCAUGGUAACUCCUUCCUUUGAUGCCUGA